AAUCUCUCCAUCCCUUUCCUAUCCACCCUCUUCAAGUUAAUAUUUGACCACUACAGUGAUCACGAUUUCUUCUAUUCAUUGUCUCACAUAUACUCUAUCAAAGAGAGAAAAAAAAACAGACCCCAUUGCCACUAGCUAAUGCCUUUCCUUCUCUCUUCUUUGUUCCCCAUCCACUAUAUAACCUUUCACAAUGGUCCCCCCCCCCCCCCCUCCCUCUCUCUCUCUCUCUCUCUAGCUCAAUCUCACUGUUCUUGCUGGAUACCUUUCUUCAAACAAUACACACAAUAUAUAAAUGUUGAGAGGAAAGAGUAGAAGACAACUUGAUCAUACUACCAAAAAGUGUAGCUCUCUCACUCUCUCUCCUCGAUUGUUUUGAUUGCAUCAAAACUCCUCUUUUUCUCUCUCUCUGUCUCUCUCUUCAAUUCAAUCACUUACAUCCAACCACAAAGAAGCAAAAUACAGAUAGCAAAACACGAAUGGCAUUUGAAGGUGUCUCUAUAGAAACACCCUCGAUGCCGCCACCAUCCCCUGAUUUAUCUUUACACAUAAGCCCCCCAAACACUGAUCUCUCUCUUUCAAGCCCUUCUCCUUCUUCAACAACAGCACAUCAUCGUCGACCUAAUUUCCUCGAUUCGUCACCAUCACCCGAUGCCUCAUCGAGACCUAUCAAAGGGAUCCCAAUCUACAACAAUGGCUCCACUCAUUUCCCUUUCCUUCAACCCUACCAUCAUAGUCCCUCCACUAACCCUAACUUCUUGAACCCUGGUGCUGUUAAUGCUGAGAUCUUGGCGCCAUAUCAUCGGAUAGCGACGAAUCCUUUGAGUAGGUUUAAUUCAUUUCCGGCGAUUAAUGAUUCGAUGGUGAGAUCAGUCCACCACCAUCAUCAUAAUCAGUUUCAUCAUGGGAUGGAGAUGGGAAAUGGGAUGAUGAUGAGGGGGAGGUUUUUGUCAAAGAUGCCGGUGAAGAGGAGUAUGAGAGCUCCGAGGAUGAGAUGGACUAGUAGCCUUCAUGCUAGAUUUGUUCAUGCUGUUGAGCUUCUUGGUGGUCAUGAGAGGGCUACACCAAAGUCUGUUCUUGAGCUCAUGGAUGUGAAGGAUCUAACACUAGCCCAUGUUAAGAGCCAUUUACAAAUGUACAGAACUGUGAAGACCACCGAUCACAGGCCAGCAGCUUCUUCAGGCCAAUCGGACGGCUCCGGAGAAGAGGAUCCCAGCAUCCAGCGGCUCAUCGAUAACCGAUCCCCCGAGGGCCCCACCAAAACUCCCGAUACAACUAGAUGGAGCAAUUCAUCAAGCAGAGGAAAUUGGUUACAAGCAAAUUCGAGUGACAACAUAGAUGGUGUGAUCGAGCCAACAGCCUUCUCAUCUCAUCUUGAGGAUAGUGAAAAUUCAGCUGUGAACUGUUCACCGGGGCCUCGAGAGGAACGAAGAAAACCUAGUUUAGAGUUCACUUUAGGAAGACCAGAGUGGUAAGUUUUGGGAGAAGGUUACUUAACAAAUUAUA